AUGGGUUGCGGAAUGAGCACAGAGGAGAAGGAGGGCAAGGCCCGCAACGAGGAGAUUGAGAACCAGCUCAAGCGGGACAAGAUGAUGCAGCGCAACGAGAUCAAGAUGCUUCUUCUGGGUGCUGGUGAAUCCGGAAAGUCGACCAUCCUGAAGCAGAUGAAGCUGAUCCACGAGGGCGGCUACUCGCGCGAUGAGAGGGAAUCCUUCAAGGAGAUCAUCUUCAGCAACACGGUCCAGUCCAUGCGUGUCAUUCUCGAGGCCAUGGAGUCCCUCGAGCUGCCGCUUGAGGACCAGCGCAUGGAGUACCACGUCCAGACCAUCUUCAUGCAGCCCGCUCAGAUCGAGGGCGACGUCCUGCCCCCGGAGGUUGGCAACGCCAUCGAGGCUCUCUGGAAGGACCGCGGUGUGCAGGAGUGUUUCAAGCGAUCGCGCGAGUACCAGCUGAACGACUCGGCACGAUACUACUUCGACAACAUUGCCAGGAUUGCUGCUCCUGACUACAUGCCCAACGACCAGGAUGUCCUGCGCUCGCGUGUCAAGACAACCGGUAUCACGGAGACGACCUUCAUCAUCGGCGACCUGACCUACAGAAUGUUCGACGUCGGUGGUCAGCGAUCUGAGCGAAAGAAGUGGAUCCACUGCUUCGAGAACGUCACCACCAUCCUGUUCCUGGUCGCCAUCUCCGAGUACGAUCAGCUGCUGUUCGAGGACGAGACGGUCAACCGUAUGCAGGAGGCAUUGACUCUUUUCGACUCGAUCUGCAACUCGAGGUGGUUCAUCAAGACCUCGAUCAUCCUGUUCCUGAACAAGAUCGAUCGUUUCAAGGAGAAGCUCCCCGUCAGCCCCAUGAAGAACUACUUCCCCGACUACGAGGGUGGCGAUGACUACGCAGCGGCUUGCGACUACAUCCUCAACCGCUUCGUCAGCUUGAACCAGCACGAGACGAAACAGAUCUACACGCACUUCACCUGUGCAACGGAUACCACGCAAAUCAGAUUCGUCAUGGCUGCCGUCAAUGAUAUCAUUAUCCAGGAGAACCUGCGUCUUUGCGGUCUCAUCUGA